CUCAAUUUAGGCUUAUCGAAAGAAACCCUCACACUCGCGUAUUCUUAACCCACCACUGUACACCUCAUCGUCGCAUCUCAAAUCACCACCGUCACACCUCGCCACCGCAUCUCAACCAUAGUCAUCAUAACCUCGUCGCCGUCGUAAGUGUUGCGUGCCACUCUAUUUUAUAUCAGUCUGGUGUCUCGCAAUUUUUCAUUAUUCUCGUUUCAUUAUUCAUUUCUGUGAACUACAGUGAGUUAGGAUUUUGAUUUUCUUCUGGUUUAGCCACCACCGUCACACCUCACGGCCAUCGAAUCUUAACCUCUUUACGUUGCAUCUCAACUUCGUUGUCAUCUUAACCUCGUCGCCUUCUUGAAGGAGCCAAAGAAUUCUGAUAUUGUCGCCAUUGCUACUUGCAUAGAGUCAAUUAUGAAGCAAACCAAAAGGUCAACAAAGAAGAGAGUUGUAAAGGGUUGAUCAACACAAACUAGUAAUUUCAACAAUUGCUAGUAUCAUACGUUCUAGCUUGGAAGAGGGAAAACCGUCAUGGAGAAAGUUAAGUAAAGAUAACCGAAAUGAUUUGUUCGACUUGUUUAAGAAAAGGUUAACAUGGCCCCCAACUUUGAAUGACAUGGUACGACGCAACUUUGAAAAAAGGAGUGCAGCUAAGAUGUUACAACUAAUGCAAGAUGCACGUAAAGAUUUGGAAAAUAAGCCAACUUGGAUGGGAGAGACAACGUGGGAACAAUUGAAGACAAUUUAGAAUUCCUCUAAUUUCCAAAAAAAAAAAUCUGAGAUAAAUAAAAUAAACCGCAAUUCUAUGGAUGGUGCAUCUCUUCACAUUGGCGGAUCAAUUCCUCAUCAGGUGCUUUGGAAAAGAAUGGAGAAAUUUAAAAACAAAAAGAUUGAGUUAUCAUUUGAAGCUUCGACUUUUGUUUCGGGAGAGGACGAAGUUGAUAAUCAACCAACCAAAGAUAUGCCAUCUGAUAUUGAUAUAUGGGUGGAUGUAGUUGGGAGAAAGAAAGGGAGAAUAUUUGGUCUUGGAUCUAUAUCCAAAACAUUGAAUCCAAAUCAGCCAUCAAUGCGUUCUGAUUCAAAGGCUAAUUUAGAGGUUGAUGCUUUGAGAAGUCAAGUUCAUGCUUUGAAUGAAUCGUUGCAAAAACAGGAGCAAGAAAAGUUGUUGAUGAAACAACAGUUGCAACGACAAGAAAAAGAGAUGGUCGAGACCAACAAAAAUUUAAACUUUUUGAUGCAUCAUUUAGGAUUUGUUGGAUCUUCUUCUCGUCCAAGCUCAUCACCACAAUCCAACAAUGAAACUGAUGAAGAUAGUGGGGAUGAUGAGAUUAGUAGUGAUCACAUUGAGUAGUAUUUGUAUUUAUUUUGUUAAAUUGGUUGUAUCAUGUACUUAAUUAUACUUAGUUUUUUUUUUAUCAUGCUUUAAUUAAUACUUAGUUAUGAUUUGCGAACAUGAUAUCAAUUUUGUUUAGAAUUA